AUGCCGGCCCUGUUGGAGGACCCUGAAUCCCCUGUAAUCUAUCGGGCCUCUGGACAGGGUCCGUACCCGACCCCCGACAAUCCGCAAAUACCUUCGUCGAUUUUCCCCAGGCCCGUCACGCUUCGAGACCGUGUGACUGUUGCGACGCUGAUUCCAUUCUUUUCGCCCGAUGCCGUUCCAAAGAGACUGCUGGCAUAUCUGUCAGAACAGCUCAACAAGGAAAUCGAGGGUGGCGACACGUACCCCAUGCUCAAUCCGCUGCCCCUGGAAACCUUUGGGCCCUAUUGGUUUGGUAAUUUUGGUACUGUCAUGGUCCUUGGUGACAUUGGAGGCAUUGAAGCCGUAAACGACAUGGAUCGCGAUGGCGUCGACUGGAACAAAAAGUGCCUGGGCAGCUUUUACAUCAAGCCCAAUUACCCUGGUCGGAGCAGUCAUGUCUGCAAUGGUGGGUUUCUAGUCACUCCAGCAGCUCGUAACAAAGGCGUCGGAAAGUCAAUGGGACAAUGCUAUCUCGAUUGGGCCCCUCAGCUGGGAUAUACCUAUUCGGUGUUCAACUUGGUGUACGAAACCAAUACUGCUUCAACCAAGAUAUGGGACUCGCUUGGCUUCAAGAGGAUUGGCAGAGUGCCCGGCUGUGGCAUAUUAAAAUCCUCCGAGGAACCGGUUGAUGCAAUCAUCUAUGGCAAGGACCUGAAAGCAGAGGGCGAGAAUGACAUCUCAGAGGAACGCUUUGAUAAAAUACGAUACUAUCUAAGACACCAACUCUACCCGCAAGGGGCCGACAGAUCGGAGAAAAGCCGGCUAAGGAGUGCCGCCACUCACUACAAACUGGUCGCCGACGGAGAUGGAGGCCCAGAGAGGUUGUUUUUGAAGGAUAAGGAGGUUAUCUCCGACCCUCAAGCACAAUACGACAUCGCCAAAAAGAUUCAUCUCCAGGUGCAUGCAGGCAUCAACAAGACUACCGCCAUGAUAGCGACUCAGUAUCAUUGGAUCCGGAUCAAAGAAACUGUGAGUCACGUGAUCAAGAACUGUCCUGAGUGCAAAGACGUCAACAAACCGCCCAUAAUACGCUCGGAGAAUCGACCUGGUCGGAGCAAGACAAUUGACGAGGUUCCCCCUGGUCUAUCGUCUCUGCAGACAGGAGCAGCUCCAACGGCACCAGCAACAACGGCGCCACCCGCACCGCCGGUGCAGCCCGGUCAGCCCACACAAAUCAUAGGCGAGGUGCAAACCGUGCCACCGCAGGACCACGAAAUCGCGCCGAAUCACAUAACCGAUCACAUUCCUGAUCACAGUUUUGCGUCGAUACAGCAACCCAUGGAUCUGUCCAACGACCAUGAUCAUCUUGUCAAUGACCCAGAUGACCAUCUUCAUGCGUAUGACGAGAUGGCCAUCGACCCGCAGAUCAUGGAACAGAUACAAGCUCAACUUGAUGCCGACUACGAUCCUAACAACCAUACAUAUGUCACCCCCGGAUUACCCACCUUCACGGAUACUUCUCAUCUGCAAUCUCCCCACGAUCCGCGCGACUUCAAUCACGCACCCUCUGACCAUCAUUUCAUUCGGGAUCCCAAUCAACCAAUCCUGGGACACGACCAUGUCAUGGACGAGGGUGGCGCAGGCGCAGGAUUGAAUAGUAUGCAGCCCAUGCAACACGUAUUACAAAUGGACUAUAUGAAUCCGCAGGAUGAGCAACAAUACAAGCUUGAGGAACAAUUCAAACUUGAGCGGAGACUCAAUCUCGAUUGUGCAUAUUCGGAUCCUUCAAGUCCUACGACGGCAUCGCAAACUUCUCCUAUCUCAUCCCCGGACAUUCGAAGCGAUGCGGCCAGAGACUCCCCGUUAUAUGCGUCAACAACGGUCCCGACGCUUCAGAGGGGUUUGAGUUAUAUGCCCAAGGGACUGAGGACUGAACGUGACUGGAACGUGUUCAACUAUUGUUCGACACAGUACAUCAGGCUGCUAACCUCGCCUGAAGCUACUUCGAACUUUCGGGAUGCCUCCGUUGUAUUUGCAAUUGGCUUUGAAGAGCCCUGGGUGAUGCAUUCUGCACUGGCCCCGGCGGCGCUGCAUGCCUCCUUUGCUUCCUUGCUCCCCAAGGAGGAUGCAAUGCUGUACGCCCAGAGUGGUCUCCAAGGGCUCCAACAGGCUCUCCAGCCAACAGCGGGACGAGCCCCUCCUGAAGACGCAUACCUUGGAGCUUCGCUAUUCCUCGGCAUUUUUGAGGGAGGUGACUGCCCUACGCAUUCUGCGAGCCUGACACAUUAUCGCGCCAUAGCCAGGAUCCUCGAAGAUCGGGUUCCAAAAAUCCCCCGUCUUGACAUUGGCCAGUUGUCAACCUUCCAUUCGACUAUUCUUGACUCGGUCCUGUAUCAUUUCUCCACGAGGUUGAUAUUCGAGAAGGACAUUGGCCCUAUCUGUGGGUCGUUUCCCUGUCAGACCGUCUUCAAGUACAUCGAAGCAUUGGAGGCGACAAAGAACAACAGACCCACCGAACCAUUUAUCCUGCCUGUACUCGGUCGGACGCCGCCAGCGCUAUUUGUUCAGAUAUACCAGAUUACGUGGUUGAGCAGGCAGAUACCUUUCUGUCGCAAUGAGCUCCAUGAGCUAGCUUCGCAGUGCCAGACCGAGCUGGCCGCCCUCACGACACACUAUCCGGUGAUGCUUCCUGACGAGGUGCCGUCUCUAGAGUCCACGGUCACGAUCAAUGUCAGGAACUCCGAGAUCGCGGCGAAGCUCUAUUACAUAGCGGCAACAAUCUUCGCCGCCAAAGUUCUGAAUCCAGAGGGUCUAAAUAACCAAUCCCCACAGAUCCAGGCCCAUAUUUCAAGAGGCGCGACAUUGUUGGAUAUGUACGACGCAACUCUACCCUGCGGGCAAUUCACCUGUUGGCCUCUGCUUGUCCUCGGUUGUGCAGCAUGUCCAACGACCACAUUUGAGGCGCAACAAACUCACCCCAGCAAUUUUCAGGCUCUCAAUCGACUAGAACUGCGAUGUCUCAUUCAAGCGAAACUUGUGCAGAUCUGGCAUGUCUCGUAUUCAGGCUACGUCCAGCGCACCUUGGGCGCUUUGAAGAGAAUAUGGCAACUUCCCAGCAUACUUAGAAAGGUCUCGAUUGACACAUAUACUGAGAGCGAAGAAGUUACAUUCGACGGACUUUAUGCACUCAUCCAAAAAGAAGGUCUAGGAGCAGGCCUAUUGUCUGCAGAGAAUGGCUAA